AUGAAGUCCAGGAGUCAGGACCAGAGUCUGUCAGACUCCAGAGAGCUGGACAGAUCCUACGACCCGCUCACAGGUAAUCCUCCAUCCAGACCUAUCAAAAAGACCAUAAAGCAGCGCUUCCUCAAACUGCUGCCCUGUUACCACUCUGGCUCAAGGUCUUCAGACAUUCAAAGCAACGUUAUCUUCUUUCCCACAGGAAGUAUAGCUGAUGAAGAAGAACUGUCAACAGUGCGUUACAGACCCAAGAGCCUCGACAGACUCGUCCAACAGACUAAAUUCAACAAGAUGGAGCUGCAGGUCCUCUACCGUGGAUUCAAAAACGAGUGUCCCAGUGGUGCUGUGGACGAAGACACCUUUAAAAGCAUCUACUCCCAGUUCUUUCCUCAGGGAGAUUCGAGUAUGUACGCUCAUUUCCUGUUUGACGCUUUUGACAUUCACAACAACGGAUUGGUCAGCUUUGAAGACUUGGUUCUGAGUUUGUCCAUCAUCUUGCGAGGCUCCAUCACUGACAAACUCAACUGGGUCUUUAAUCUGUACGACCUCAACAAGGACGGCUGCAUCACCAGAGAGGAGAUGACAGAUAUAAUGCACUCCAUCUACAGCAUGAUGGGGAAGCAUACCUAUCCCAGCUUAAAGGAUGCUGCAAAAGAUGCUCCGAAGGAGCACGUCGACAGCUUCUUCCAGAAAAUGGACAAAAACAAAGAUGGAGUGGUCACCAUUGAUGAGUUUUUAGAGACGUGUCAAAAGGAUGAGAACAUCUUGCAGUCCAUGCACAUGUUUGACAAUGUGAUCUGA